UUUCCGUUCCUUUCAAUUCCCAUUUUGGCUUUGAGAGUUUUAACCGCCAUCUUUUUGUUGGGGUUUAUCCUUUGAGAGGUAAUAGAGAAAUGGCGAUGGGUUUCCUUCAGUACUACGGCUGCUCAGUUCCCCUGGCUCGGGCUUUGCGCUCUCGCACUUUUACAAGCGCCUCUCUCACAGUACCCUUACCCUCACUCAAGAAGGCUUCUCAAAUGGAGUCGCGCCUCCUCCUUGGUUUGUCUGAGGAACAACUUCAGCAACUUGCCCUCGACUUUGGUCAGAAAAGUUUUAGAGGUAAACAACUCUAUCAUCUCCUCUACAAGAGAAAGCUCAAGGACAUUCACGAAUUUAGUCAGCUGCCGUUGGAAUUCAGAAAGGAUUUAGAGGAAGCAGGAUGGAGGGUUGGGAGGUCUCCAAUUCAUAAAGCAGUUACUGCAGCUGAUGGGACCAUCAAGUUGUUAAUUAAACUCAAGGACAACCGAUUGGUCGAGACUGUUGGAAUUCCAGUUAAAGACAAAGAUGGUUCAUUUCGUUUGACAGCAUGUGUUUCAUCUCAGGUGGGCUGCCCGUUGCGCUGUUCGUUCUGUGCAACUGGCAAGGGAGGAUUCUCAAGGAACCUUAAGAGCCAUGAAAUUGUUGAGCAGGUCUUGGCCAUAGAAGACCUAUUCAAGCAGAGAGUGACAAAUGUUGUGUUUAUGGGUAUGGGUGAGCCAAUGUUGAACAUGAAAGAAGUCCUUGAAGCACAUUGUUGCCUAAAUAAGGAUAUUCUGAUUGGGCAAAGGAUGAUUACGAUUUCAACGGUGGGAGUUCCAAACACCAUAAAGAAGCUUGCAUCUUACAAACUUCAGUCUACACUGGCGCUCAGCUUACAUGCUCCAAAUCAGAAUCUUCGGGAAAAGAUUGUACCAAGUGCAAAGUCCUACCCUUUGAAUGCAAUCAUGAAGGAUUGCAGGGACUACUUCCUGGAAACUAGAAGAAGGGUUUCCUUUGAAUAUACACUUCUAGCCGGAGUGAACGAUUCGGUCGAGCAUGCAAUUGAACUGGCAGAAUUGCUUCAUGAAUGGGGUCGUGGUCAUCAUGUUAACUUAAUACCAUUCAAUCCAAUAGAUGGUUCGGAGUAUAAGCGUCCAUCCAGGAAAUCUGUUCUUGCAUUUGCCUCUGCUCUUGAAUCUCGUAAAGUAACUGCUAGUACACGUCAAACAAGGGGACUUGAUGCAAGUGCUGCUUGUGGACAGUUGAGAAAUGAGUUUCAGAAGAGUCCUUUGCUUACUGAAAGUAUAAAUCAGGAAUCUCAUUCUGAAGUUAGCACUUGCAUCUUGAUAUCGUAAAAGUUCUCCAAGCCUUGCUGAAAAUACUCCACUUGUGUGCUUAACCGUGUAAAGCAGCGCUUGACAGCUUCUUAAGAACAGGUCUUGUUUGGUAAAAGCUGCUUUAAGAUGAAACAGUCCCAAGAGUGGUUACAUGAAGGUGGUCUCGUGUGCAGGGCUUGCAAUCUUGGUGAAAUUAUCGGACUUGUUUUUGUAGGAGGAUGAUUGAUGUCCUCACUUAAGUCCUUGAAUUCGUCUUUUAUCCAAGCAUGCUCAACAUAGAUUCUUUUAUAGCAAAUGCCCUACUAAAACAUACUCCCUCUAUUUCAAUUUAUGUGAACUUAUUUCUUUUUUAA